UCGCCUUCACUCGUUUGCAGAAGGAGUUGAAACCUUCCCGCUGGCUCUCGCUCUGGGCACGAGACGCCCGCAUGGAAUGUGCCUGCUUACUCUCUCCGGCCCUUAUUUAUGGGCGUCCCAGCCUCCUGCCGAGACUCAGAGGCUGCGCAGACGCAGCUGUCGGGCUCGGACCCGCUGCCAGCGCGUACAGUAGUCAACUGCAGAGCUUGGGCGCGCGCCUCUCGCGCGCCAUCAGAGGGUCUCGGCAGCAAAGACAGAGUUGUGGAUGAUCCUUUUUAACCUUCUAGAAACUCAGCUAACUCGGGUACAUAGGUAUUAUUUGUCUAGUUUUCAAGAAAUGAUCAAGAAAGCAUCAAUAUAUUGCCAUCCAUUAGCUAAUCACUUAAUGGAUCCAGAGGUUCAAAAAGAGCGCAGAGAAGACGACGAUGACAGGACAGUGGUUGCAGAGAUCAUGCGGAGAUGUUUUGUUCCAGCGUUUGUAACAACCGUCCCCUGGGAGGCGUUUCAUUUCGCUGGUCAUGAGAUUCGGAUCAAUGAAGCCACGGAUUGUUAUGGCGCUGUCGUUUGGCCAUCGGCCCUUGUUCUGUGCUAUUUUCUGGAAACUAACGUAAAGCAGUAUAACAUGGCCGACAAAAAUGUGAUUGAAAUUGGAGCCGGAACAGGACUCGUCUCCAUUGUGGCGAGUUUACUUGGUGCACACGUGACCGCCACAGACUUACCUGAGGUGCUUGGAAACCUGCAGUAUAAUAUUUCCCGGAACACCAGAAUGAGAGCGAAGCAUCUGCCGCAGGUCAAAGAGCUCUCCUGGGGCGUAGCUCUAGACAAGAACUUCCCCAGGGCUUCCACCAACUUUGACUACAUCCUGGCAGCCGACGUCGUCUACGCUCACCCGUUUCUUGAAGAACUCCUCAUUACCUUUGACCAUCUGUGCAAAGAAACCACCGUCAUCCUCUGGGUCAUGAAAUUCAGGCUGGAGAAGGAAAAUAAAUUUGUAGAUAGAUUUGAGCAGUUGUUUGACCUGGAGGAGAUUUAUAGUUUCCCUAGCCUGAAUAUUAAGUUGUAUAAAGCGAUGAAGAAAAAUUUGAAGAGUGAGUGUUAUCCUCAAAGGAGGACGUGGAAAGCGAAGGCAAUUUCUGGUAGAUUAUUGCUUUAACAAAGACCCUGGAUAAUCUGAUUGUAGCACUGACUUUCCCAAGGGGAAACACACACAGACACACACACAUACAGACACACACACACACACACACACACACACACGCGCACACGUGCGUGCAUACACCUCACCCCAGGCAGGGAUGUUCCCAGAUAUAUCAUGUGGAUCUAGAGAAUGGCAAAGCCAUUGUGUGCUAAUUGAUUAGGACAAGGUCUGCUUUCCUUAUCUUUCUAUAGCACCAUCUUUAAUUAUUAUCAUCUUUUUUAUUAUUAUUAUUUAUUUUAUUUUAUUUUAUUAUUAUUAUCAUCUUAAUACAUGGUGCAGUCAUUGUUAAGGUAAAACUGUUGAACAAUGGUUUUUAAUGAACAAUGGUUUUUAAUAAUGGUGUCUCUAACAUAAGCUUAUGUGAUUCUCUCUUUAGAAAUAAAGAAAUGGAUUCUAGUGAGCUCACAAAUAAAUCAGAAAAGGCAGACAUAGGAUGUGAUGGUUGGUGUGAGAUUACUGUGGCUUCGUUAGUGCCAGCUUAUGGGUGGUCUGUCUUCUCUGCUCAGCAGGGUGGGUCUCCAGCCCAACCCCUGAAAUCAAUCAAGCUGGUGGAUUUGAGGUAUGGGCAAGGACAUUUCACUCCAGUAAAUGAAAAAUGAAUGGAAGAACAUAUAAAAACAGCUGAGAUUGUGGGGGGAGUUAUUGUUUUAUUUUUAAGCCAAGUACAGAUACUCUGUAUCACAAAAACAGAAAUAAAUAUAAAAGUUUGAGUUGAAGAUACACAUGAAAAGAUUUCAGUCUCUAAUCUCAAAUAACCAGACAUAUGGCUGUUUUUAACAUUUAAAGCUUUUCUGAUGAACAUACAGGGACCUAGAUAUUUGAAAUCCUGUGUGCUUUCCUCUCACCCCUCACCCCCUGCAAGGUCCUUAGAGAUUAGAAUAAAGUCUGAAGUAAUUAAAGUCAGUGCAAGAAGAGCAAAAUAUUAGGAUUUUGUACCACGUAACGACUAGUGGUCAUAACCCUUCUGGGUUCUCGGUGAGUUUGCUGGGCUAGUUCUGUGCCCUGGGAGAAAUAUCGCCCAGCCCUUUCUACUUCGCUGAAGUUCUCAGUCUAUCCGUGGUUGAGUAGAGCCAAAACGCCGACUUCCUAGGACUCUGACCUUAAGCCAGGAUGCAAGUGUACUCCCAAUCGGCUUUUUUGGUAUGUGAGGUUCAUGGGGUCAGCGCUUCAGAAUUACCAGUAUUUACAUGCCCUUUGUUGUUUUCACAGCCUGUUAACGUACAAGAAAUCAACUAAUUCUCAGGGGCCAUUCUAGGAGUCUCUGUAAAAUCAGUCUCCCCACCAUAAGGGGGCCCAGGCUGCCAGGGGUGUGGUCCCUGCCCCAAAGCCACGCAGCUGCAGGGGGGCUCAGGGUUGAGUCCAGAACCCCUGAGUUUUUUUUGUUGUUGUUUUGUUUGUUUACCAUUACCCUGCCUUCAUGUAUUUAAAGCAGUCAUUUUCACACUCUUUUGUAAGUAAGUGAAGUCAUUUUUUCCAAGUGAGAUCCACACCCAGACAGGUAGGCAAAUGCAUGCAUGUGUUUAAGGUGAUACUUAAGCAGAGCUGGAAGGAGGUGAAGGAACAGCCGCUCCAGGACCUUCCCCCAGGAGGCCACUGGCCCUCAGGAGGAAACACGGAACCAAGGCCAGUGAGCUUGGAGCGGGCUGAGCUGGGGAGACCGGAAGAUCGGGGGUCAGAGAGGCUGGCGGGGCUGGAUUGCGUGGGACCUUCGUGGCAGGCUGGGGUCUUGGGAAGCAGGCCCGGAGGUGGCGUAAAGGGGGCAGGUCAUUUUCUGGCACGGGAUGAAGACGUGUGGAAGGAGCAGGAGGAAGCAGGGCAGAAGCAGAGGUCAAGCUGCCAUGCAGACCCGCCCACAGCCCCAGCCAUUCCCCCCGACUCCCUGGGGCCUCUGGACCUGGGGACUGUCCCUGGGUGUGGGCGCCCUGGAAGCCUGUGGUUCAGGGAGGUGACUGUGGGGUAAGGCGAUGCUGGAGGGCCCGCGACGUUGCCGCCCAGGGCCUCUGCCAGCCGCGCUGAUGCCAGGCGAUGAGUCUCUGUGAGAGGUCGGGCAGCACGUCGGGGCGGCCACCACCCCAAGGCCACCACAGAAGCUGGGCUUCUCCUCUGGGGACAUGGGGGGUCAGGGGGUGGUUUGGAGUAGAGUGAAAUGGUCAGCCCUCCGUGUAAGGACCACUCUGGCUGAUCACUAGAGUGGUCACCAGAAACUAGAGUUUCUAGAUCGCUGAGGAGGACACAGGGGCCAGCGGGGAGACAGCAGGGUCCCGGCGUGAGAGGGUGGCCGCCCACUCACAGGGGGACUGUACCCGGAGGUGGCGAGAGGGGUCGUUUCUGGAGGAGUCUGGAGAGACUCUGCCUGCAAUGCAGGAGACACAGGUUUGAUCCCUGGGUUGGGAAGAUCCCCUGGAGGAGGAUGCGGCAACCCACUCCAGUAUUCUUGCCUGGAGAAUCUCACGCACAGAGCAGCCUGGUGGGCUACAGUCCAUGGGGUUGCAGAGUCAGACACAACUGAGAGACUGAGCAUCCGCUGGAUGCUGAAGCCAGCCGGCCUUCUCCCCACGCUGGAUAGGAUGCGAUGCUGGCUCUGGCGUCUUUGGUCGGGGUUGGUGGACAGAAUGUCUGAGCUAUGAGCUGGGAGGUGGCUGGUGAUGCUCAUGAGGGGAAUGACAGUGAACCCAGGGUGAAGUAAGGACCCAGCCCUGAGGCGGCUGGGCCGAAAUCAGACACAGCCGCAUCUGGGGUAGGUUUUCUUAGGUUCUGUCCUCCUUCCUCCCGGUUGUAUGAAGAUCUGUUGACUCCGAAAGAAUCUGUUGCCACUGUGGCCUUUGCACUUGUCAGCAGAGUUCCAAGGUUCCUAGAAGCUGUCUCAGAGGCUUCCAGGAAGGUUUUAGGUGCCACAGCAUGAAUCUUGGGGUAGCAGGUGAAAAAAAUGGUUCUUCUGCUCAAAAAAAUGUUUGUAUAUCACUGCUAAGCUAUUUUUAGACAGAAUGGAUAAAGUGUCCUUUCAAAGAGUGUUAGAACCCAGCCUACCAUAUGGGCCCCUAACAGUUCUUUUUUCUCUAAGUGUCAAUCUGUCAAACACAGUGCUCAAUAUCCAUUGUUUUAUUCUGUUUAUAGCACUCACUUGCAAAUUUUAACACCCACCCACACACCCUGUGGCUCUCGCCUCACUCCGCUCUGCGUGUUUGUCUACUUUUAUCUUUUUGCUGUCGUUUCUCCACACUUUUCUAGAUUCAAUUUUAUAAUAAUUGAAUUCCAAAAGAUGUAAUUUGAGUAGGUUUUUUUCUAUCUUACAGGUUUUUUUUUUUUUUCUGUCUAGGAAUUGAUUUGUUAAUUUUAAUCCAAGGGAGUUUACUGUGAAUUUUGCCUUUACUUCCCUUUGUUCUGUUUUUCUCUCUUUCUCUCUCUCUCCUUCUUGACAUGUUAAACUACGUUACUUAAAACCUUUAGCCUAAUGCUUGCAGUAACUUUCUGGGUUUCUAACAGGAGGAAAAUGCUGUCAAGGUUUUAAUAGAGGUUAUCAGAGAAUCAUUAUUGCUUCACAGCAGACAUACUAACUUGCUGGUAGUACUCUGCAGCUUAAAAUUUCUGUUAUAUGCAUGUAACCAGAAAAGUUCUUGUCCCCAGACUGUACCAGCCGACUUUAGGAAACUAAAUAAUGUACUCAAAUCUCUGUCUCAGAAUUUACUGAUCCACCUUAUUUCAUUUGUACUAAUUUUUGUCCACCAGGAUUUCUAAAACAUUGGUUUUCAUUUUGUAUUAAUAUUUUGUUCUCUUUUGCGGAUAAAGAAUUGUGGCAUUGGGUAACUUCCUAAGAGAGUUGGAGCCACAGCAGAAAGAAAAAAGAUGAGGAAAUACAACAGAAUGGAAUGUUCCUUUUUUCCCUCUUUAAAUCCUCAGAUUCCAGGAGCUUGGUGUUCUCUGUGAAUGUCUGGCCUCUACAGAGACCAUGUCCAACUUGCUUUAAGCAACGCAGAUAAGUAAUUUCUGAAUAGCCUUUGGUAGUAAAGUAUGUCCACUGGGUAAGAUUUUGAUACAAGGAAAGAUUUACAUGUAGUAAUUUUGAAAACAAUCUGGGGAACUUGGGUUCUAGAUAUAAAAUAAUUAAAGUCAAAUUGAAGUAGAUAAGUAAGCUUAAUGAUAAGUUUGGAAGAAAAUUAAUUAUACUGUGCCUCUUUGCUUGACUCCAUUUUAACUUAGUUCCUAAGUUAAAAUCUACCUGUGGAAGAAGUAAAAAAUUGUCAAAUAUGUACAUUUUUUUCCACCAAAUUAUAAGGCAAUACUAAACAAAACUGGGAGUGUAGCAGGUAAAUGCUUUCACAAAAUGUAGGGGAUAUGGACAAAGUGAAAUGUAAAAGUCAUAAAUACUUAUGAGUGUGUUUCUGAGUGGACUCAGUUCCCUAUGCCUUCUUUAUGGAGGCCGGAAAUAGUUCACAAAUGAUUUCCUCGUCUUGGUUUUGGCUUUUUCGAGUUUGUGAUGUGAAACUAAGUCUAGAAUCCUUACCUGCAAGUCCAGUGUCAGUGUGUGCUCUGCUUCCAAGUUUUGUACCUAAUCCAAGGCAGUGCUCAGUAUGCUGUGGUCGUAUUAACGGGGCGGUGUGUCCUAGGACCUUUGUUAGCAUCGGUUAGUUCUGUGGGCAUAUUGACUCUUUUUCCCAAGAGUUCCUGGGCUGGACGUCAGUGUUUCCUCGGCCUGUGUAGCUGUGUCAUGGUUAGGUUGCUGUGCCCACCCCGCUGACUGCCUGUGCUAUUGAACUAACCUUGGGCCUCUAUCAGCAGCAGUGCUUAUACCGGGAAGCCUCAAAGGCAGAAAUUUUUUUUCUUAAUUCUCUCAAUUUCUUUGUUUCUAAGGCAGUUGUCUUUCUUUGAAAUCCAGUCAAGUUUUAGAAUUGGUGCUCAACCAUCAAGGAACUUAAAAGCAUCACUAAAAAUGAAAACAGAUGUCCAGGUCAAUUUUUUGAUAAAUGGGUUAAUGGGGGAAAAAAAAGGAAAAUAUUGGCUAUCUGCUGCUAAUUGCUAACAUUUUACCGUAACAAAAUAUAUUGUUAGGCUUUCUAAACAAAAACACAAGCUGAGUAAGAUUAAAAUAAGGCAUAUAAAAAUAUUUUGGUGACUAGGCAUUAUUUCAUAAUGUCAGAAAUACAGGACACAAGGCAUCUGAAAACUUUUAUUUGGUAAGUGCUAGAUUUUAUAGCUUAGGUUUUUGAAAAUAUCCUAUUUUCUUUGUCCACAGUCUGUAUGUCUGUACACUUCUCUGUUUUGAUUUUAAAUUUUCAGCCCCUUACCUUCAUGGGUUUUUUUCUUUUAGUGUCAUGAUUUAAUUUGGAUUUUCUUAUCUAGUGCUAUGAUUUAAUUUGGAUUUCUUAUCUCUUUCUGUGUUUCCUUUGUUGGAAGAGUAUAAAUCAUAAUGGCAACGGUUGUCUCUUUGUCCCAAACCAUCAUAAAUAAGCCCAAAGAACAGGCCAUAAAAAUGUAAGAAAUUCAUAGAUUAAAAAACAUGAGCAAUGUUUUUUGUACCCACCUGGUGUUCCGAGGUAAAAGUACAGUUUGCAACUAGUAAAUUAUUAACACUUUUCUACCAAGGAUUUCCUUCUUCCUUAGGGUCUCUAUGACUAAUACAUAGUCAAUUUAAGAAUUAGAAAGGUGUCAAACAUGAUAAACACAUUUUAUAAUCGUGUAUUCAAAAGAGAAAUUGG